UGUGAUGUGGAGUUUAUCCACAGCUAAUCUGGUUAAACCCACUCCUUGUAAGAGAACUCUAACAUGUUAAUCUAUCUAAAGCUAAAUGUCCCACAUCCUCUUUAGGGGUUAACUUGAGAACAAACAGUCUGUGCAAAAGCAAAAGUGAAAGUGUUUGACUCACAGGGAGGAGCUGCAUUUGUUUUCCAGUCAAGCUCGAGCAGUAUGCCAGAGACGUUACAGACGAAUUACCAAGCUAUUUCAGACAUGGAGCAGGAAGGGGCAACUGUGCCAUGGAAAAAAUUCUCUGUCCACUUGGCGGGAAAAACGAACAACGCUCAUCAAGACUUUGUUGCAAGGUUUAAAAGAACCGGCCAAACUGAGGUGGACUCUCCUGGAAGAAGUGACUACAUUCUGGUUUUCUGUCCGAUUGUUUCACGAGUUGGAACGGACAUCGGAGAGGCCCUGGAGAGCACUGAGAAGAACAAUCCAGGUGGUAAACCAAUAAUCCUGGUGGUGAUGCAUCACACCUUCAAUCCUGACCAUGUUAUAGCUGAAAGCAGAAGACUGGUGAAGAACCAGAAUGUAAAGCUCACCGUGGACUGUCUGAUCUAUGAGGGUGAACUCCUGAAGUGUCACCGCAAUGAUACUGCAUGGUCUGAGGUCCAGAAGAUUUUUGAAAAAUCCCCCAGAAAAAAAUCCUCUUCAAAGACAUCACAAAGCAAUGACCAACCUGCUCCAGCCAUGGUUCCAACUGUGACGAGGAAAAAGUUCUACGUCCACUUGGCGGGAAAAACUAACAACGCUCAUCGAGACUUUGUUGUAAAUUUAAAAAGAAUCGGCCACACUGAGGUGAACUCUCCUGAAAGCAGUGUCUACAUUCUGGUUUUCUGUCCGAUUGUUUCACGAGUUGGAACGGACAUCGGAGAGGCCCUGGAGAGCACUGAGAAGAACAAUCCAGGUGGUAAACCAAUAAUCCUGGUGGUGAUGCAUCACACCUUCAAUCCUGACCAUGUUAUAGCUGAAAGCAGAAGACUGGUGAACAACCCAAACGUCCACCUCACCGUGGACUGUCUGAUCUAUGAGGGUGAACUCCUGAAGUGUCACCGCAAUGAUAUUGCAUGGUCUGAGGUCCAGAAAUUUCUUGGCGUUUCGCAGAAUACUGGCAUCAGCAUCUGGAAAUUGUGCUGGUCCUGCCUCACAUAUGUCCGGAACCGUCCAUGCAAGGUAGCUCUCAUUUGUGCAUUGGUGGCAUCUGGGUACAUAUUGUGGAAAUGGCUGACAACCGACAACUCCUACAUAGAUCCCAAUAAAUCAUUUCUGAAGGAACAAAAUUAAUGUGCUGUGUUCUGCAUGUAAUCCUCUGCAGUAACGUCAUAACUCGUGAAAGUUGCUAUAGAUGUUUGUGGAGCUUGAGUUAUGAGUUUAACCGAAGACAAAACGUCUCUGUAAAAUAACGUUUCUGUGUCUUUGCUUCAUGAGAAUCAAUAAAAAUGAACUAAUCUGA